CGGAUAUAUGCACGUUCGCGACGAGGACCGAGCAUUUUCACAUCGUUAACAAACCAUCGACGGAGCUGUUCACAUCGAACACCAGGCCGAAAGCCUUGAGGGAAUUAUACGAGGCUGCCGCUAUAGUCGCUGUCAGAAGUUUGGAUAGCCUGAGAAGGGAUGGCAGCUCCAUGGAUAUGUUCCUUUGCACGCCCGUCCUUGGCAAGAGAAGGCGCGACCAAAGUCUCGACAUCGAAUCCAGGAUCCCGGCAGCUAUCGAGGAUCUACGAAGAUGGACAUCCACAGAGGCGCUCGGGGACGUUACCGUACCACCGGAUUGCAUGUCCAGGAUCCUCGGGGAUACAACGACCGACGAUGCCGUCGAUCACAAGCUGCCCAGCCCCGAGGAACAGGUCCAAGCAAUCGCUCUCAAAUUCCCGGCAGAGAUCGUGGCGGUGGACGUCAGUGGCAGAGGAUUCGAAAGAAUGUCGAUGAGAAGGAGAUCUCUGCUGUCUGGUCCGGAGAGCCAAGAGACAGCGGUGAAACGACGAUCGAGGCCUCGACGACCCCGAGGGAAAAGACGGAACACCAUCGCCGGUACCGAUCAAAAGGAAAUUCGACAAGCUAUCGGAGGAGAAACGACCGGGGAAGAGGCGGACGAGACGAUGUCGAAUAUCACGUCGAGGGCUCAUCGAUCGGCCAGCACGGAUAUAUUAGGCUCGUCGAAGAAAGACUCGCCGACGGAAAAGAAAUCUCACUUCAAUACGUUGAAGGCGUGGGGUAUGUCCAGACUGAAAUUGAUCAGCCCGAAAUCCAGUCAGCAGCAGCAGCAGCAGGAGCAACAGGAGGCGAGCGCAGCGUCGGGCGCAGAGAGGUCAGAGCAGGAUGAAGGUCAGUCGAGAUCAGCCGAGGAAACAAAUAUUUACGAAAUGGUAAUAACCAGGCGCAGAAAGGACAAGUCGCACGAAAGGAAGCCGAGCUCGUCGAGCUCGAGCGGCAAGAGCACCUCGAGCAUACCGGUGUCAGUGCCGAACGCCGACAGGCAACAACAGAGCGUGAAAUUGCGCGAAAGCGCGGCCCAAAGGAGAGAAAGACGAAAGGGGAGCAGCCGCGACGAGCCGCCUCAUUCCAGCUCUGGAAACUGGAGUGCAUCCUCUGAAAGCGGAAGGGCGAGUAUCGGAAGCGAGACCACUACCACCACGCAUCAGCCAAGAUCGACGACAACCGCCUCGAUUGGAACCUCGUCGACAUCUUUGAGCCACGUGAGACGAUUCAAGGGACGAGAUACGUCGACGUCAUCCUCGGUAACGUCGGAGGGUACAUUAACUCCAGACAUUAUACAAGAUAUUGCCGUGAUACCUUUCUCGGACGACGGUGAAACAUCGUCCGUGUAUUCCUGCGAUACGGAGGGCUAUUACACCUCCUUUCACGUGGACUCUGGCCUAAAAACUUUACGGGAGGAGGAUCCAGUGCCGCAGUGUCCAUUGAUGAAAUCGAACGAUAUCAGCUCCGAUCCUACCUCACCGGUUGUCGAGAACGAAUACGAGCUCUUUGGUAGAGGUUCGACGUCGACAACGACGAGCUCCGCGGGCACCGUGUGCACCGCUUUAAUGGCACCGCCGCCGCCAGAAAGAAAAUCUAGCCUAACCGUUGUUGCCAUGGUUCACGGGCCAAACCAGAACGGCGGCGAGUCGCCAGACAGCGGUCACAACACCUCGUCGUCGCCCGUGGAGUCAGCCUCGAGUCCAGCCUGCACCGGAAGAUCGUGCUCGGAGUUCGAGUACUCGGAAUCGAGCGACCUCGAGGGCUGCGAGAGGAUCGAGAGGAUCCGCUCGAAGACGGCGAUCAACACCAGCCGUAUACCGUCCAUGUGCGUGAUUACGCCACCAGGAUCCGACGACGAGCACGCGACGAGAGAUUCGGAUCAGACGAGCAAGAAGACCGAGAGCAGGAAGGCCGAUCUUCAAACGGGCGGAUCGGUUCUCAUGUCCGCCACGGUUGGCACAUCCAAGAUGGAGGUGAUUAACGGGCAGGACAAGAACCUAUACGCCACGAUUCAGGUGUUACCUUCGUCCACGAACGAGAAGCCCGCAAUCGGGCAAAGUCAGGCGGUCAAGAUCAGCCCGCUGAGCGGCGUUCUUGGCAAACUUCGUGGUGUUCUUCCUGGCAGGAAGCAGAUACUGAAGAGCACCGUUCAGGGAACCGAGCAAGGGAACGCAGCAGACUCCGGCGACUAUGUCACCAUAGCCGACGUGAGAAACAACAACGACAAACGUCAAGAUUCACCAUCUUGCUCGGCUGGCGCCACUCCGGUCCGGUCGCCGGUCACCUACGCCAACUCGGACAUUUUUAAGAAGGACGCCGAGUACGUUAGCCUGAGCGAACUACCGAAGAAGCCUGACUCGUCUUUGGAGAGGAAGAGACAGGGCGCGAGGGUCACGUUGGACUCGGAGGGCAAGGUCGUUUAUUCGUCGGACAGCUUGAAGAGGAGGAAGGGCGCUCACACCACGUUCAAUCCAGGUCCAUUCGUAAGGGAGGGAGCGUCGCCAAGCCCGUCACCCCUGUUGCACCGCGCGACACCGAACGUGCGGGCAGUGACAAAGACCAACGACACGGUGGACGGGCCGAGCAGAUCUACGCCACCUACCUCGCCUCAAUUGGGCAAAGUGAUCAUCAGAGCGGCGAGAAGUCCCGACCGCGCCGUCAGCCCGGAUUACGUGCGAACCCCGACGACCGUGGUUGGUCCGACCAGUCCAACUGCCCAUCGACACGUGCGCGGAGCUUACGUCAACGUGCAGGAGGACGAAGACAACACACUGUUGGCGAUAGACUCGGUGCCUCCCCACGGGAUAGUUCAGCCGCCGCCUUAUAUCUCGCCGCCUAAGCCCGAGGAAUGUCAGAGGGAGAAGAUCCGUGAGAUCCUGAAGGAUCCUCCCACGCCUCAGAAGAUACAGAUCUGCGAGAAGCGACAGACGACGACCGUCAACUAUGGCCGACAGACGGCUUACCCCCUCAACGUCUAUGCUCACGAUCCUCGGCGAACUCUCUGCAACGACAAUAAAUUAUUAUUCGAACGUGGCAAGGAUUCCAAGGUCUGCGACCAGCGUCAAAUCGUGUACAUGCGAAACGCGAGGAACCAGCAGUGCUACGCGCCUGGGAAGGAACAGCAGUUCUACACGCUACCGUCGAGAAGGCCGCAGAGGGACGUUGAGCCACCGAGAAGCGUCACGCCGGAUAUCACGAGGGGCCUCGGACGUGGUUCAUUGAGCACGAUGCACGUACUCGCCAGGCAUGGCCAGAAGGUGAUGAUAGAACAGGAUCCAAACGUAUACGGUUCUCAGGUGGAAUUGAACAGGAGAAUCCCGGAGAACGGGGAGACGAAGGACAGGUUGACGCAUGGUCGGGAGCAACAGACGAUUGUGGAUUUUAGAAACAGAUUCGCAACACCAUUAGGACUGACAGCGCUUGGAUAUCGAUUCUUCGCGUCCUCGCCUGUUCAUGAUCCCGUUACGAAGUCUCCAAGUGCUGAUGCGUUAAAGUACAAUCCAAUUUCGCCGAUCGGGCACAGCUACGGCAAUAGUUUCAAGUCGUGCGGCCGUAGUAUGCCAACUGUUGCCGAACGUUUGGCUCUAACCGCCAGCAACAACAAUAACAGCUCGUUGUCGAUGCCGAAUUCUGGAAGAAGCACGCCUGUCCAAAGUUCGUCUGGCCGAAGCACGCCGACCAACUUGAUCCUCUCGCCGACGAAGAGCACCAUGUCCAACGAGGAGCUGUUCGCCGCGAUACACAAAUCGAAGAAAAGACUGAAUAUCAAAGACGACAACGAGAAUCUCUCUCCGUACGGAUCGACCAAUUCGUUGGCGAAGACAACAACGCCUACGAACAGAAACAACUGGACCUCUGAGUCGCAGAGAUUUGCCACGAUAUCGCAGAACGUUCAGCCACCAUCGCCGACCACGUCUCGGCUGGACUUCAAACGUCUCUUACUCCAGCAGAGCGUGAAGACCGGGCCGGCGAGGCUUUCGGCGGCGGAGCAACUGAAGCUAUCGCGACAGCAAAGCCAGCAGCAACAACAAUCGUCGCCGACCGUGCAGCAAACGGCCUCGUUGGCCAAAGUCCUCAGUCCUCGCUCGGUGUGGAGGUUUCAAACGCCACGGACGGACGUGUUGUCGUCGACGAUAAUCGAGGACACGGCCGCCGAGGAGAAGGCGAUGAAACCUUCUCCGGAGAACGCGUCGCCGGUGUCGAGGCUGAACGUCAGGCAGCAAUUGGAUCUCUGCAGCGAUCUGCCGGAAAUCGACAAAGAUCCGGUCGCUUGCAACGAGAGAUUAACGUUCUCCGGCACUAACUUGGAAUCUUCUUGCACGGAGGAGAGGGAACCAUCCAACAGUUUAAACGUGCAGCAACAAGCAUGCACAGAGAGUUUCACCGCGACCGACGACAACAAUCGCCCGAUCAACGUUCCGAUCUCGUCGAUCUCGAGCGUUCCAUCGUCCGUUUCGAUCGACGCGAAGAUCAGCAACACCGCGAUGAUCUCGUAUCCUCCUGCGAAUUGUUCGCAGCUCACCCCCUCGUGCCAGCAAGCGAUAAACGCUUUCGAGUCGAGGCGGAUUAGCAAUCAAUUGGCCAGGGCGCAGUUCCUGGCUAGCACGCCCACCGUCGGCAACGAGCGCAACAGUUACGCGCAGAGGAUGUUUCGCGCGAGAUCCGAGUCACCUCAGAAUCCCGCGGUGCAGAACGUCGCGCGUAGCCCGAGCGUUCCGACGCUGGAAACUGCUCUGUGAUUGGAACGUGCCCUCGCAAUCUCGAGUUAUUCUGAAAGAACCAGGUUCUACCUUUAUUUUUAUUUACAUCGAAUUUUCUUUUUUCUUUUUUUUUUUUUUUAAAUUUUUUUAUACCCUCGAGUUCUUUGGAGGUGUCCUGAUUUUUUGAAGCUCGUUUUUGGAAAUUCAAAAGACUGAAGGAAGGUAGCAAACUGACUUCCCCGGUUCUCUUGAAAUUAAACUCUACGACCAAAUACUUCCUUCACUUGUUAAAUUAAUCAUCUUUAACAGGUCAACAGUAGCAACUGUUUAUUCUCAUCUAUUCUGAUUUGUUCUGAAAAAAAAAAAAAAAAUGUGUCCUAAACUAAUCUAAUUUACUACCCUUUUAACCACUUGCGCUGGCAGCCGAUUGCGGACCAUAACGAGUGACCAAUACCGUAUAAAAUAAUUCGUCGCUUUCGUUUUCAACUCGUUGGUACGAUGUCGCUGGACAGAAAUUAUUGAGAAGUGAUAAAUUUAUUACUUGCUUUGCAUAUUUUGUUUCACUUAAAUAUACUUAAAACUGAGGAAAUUUUGGGACGAAAAGUUCUCAACGUGCGUGGCACUGGUUUUCUUGUAGGACGUGUAGAGGACAUAUGAAGGUCAUCAAUGUUUCUUUAAAUGGAGUUAUAUAUUUUUUUGUUACGUCAGUUUAUAUUCUUUAUAAAAAAAGUAUUAACCUAUUUAUGUGUUAAAAAAUCGUUAGGAGAUAUUUUAAUUUUAAUUUCGUAAAAUUAUCGUACGAAAGACACGGAAGAAGAUGGAUAGUAUUUAUACUACCUUUGUCUUUCAUACGAUAAUUUUACAAAAUUAAAACUAAAAUGUCUCCUAAACUAAUGAUUUUUUUAAAUAAAUAGACUAAUAUAUAAGGUUUCACGUAUUCAACCGCUUGUGUUGGCAGCCGAUUGCGGACCAUAACGAGUGACCAAACCGUGACACAAUAAUUCGUCGGUACGAUAUCGCUGGAUAGAAAUUAUUGAGCUGUGAUAAAUAUAUUAUUUGUUUCGCCUAUUUCUGUUUUACUUAAAUGUACUUAGAAACUGAGGAAAAAGAUGUCACAAUUUUGGGACAAAAGAACGUGGCACGUCGUUUCAGCGCAAGUGGUCGAUGAUGUAUCGAUGGAAUACAAUAGUGAAACAAGUGGAUUAAUAUCUCCAAACUGCACAAUGUUAUAAAAAGCUAAGAGAAAGGAGAUUUUAAUGAUUUUAACUUGAACCAAAAAAAGAGCACAGAGUCACAUUUAUGCUUUCGCAGUAACUCGAGAUUCGUGCAAAUACGAUUCAAAGAUAUGAGUAAAAAUCGUAGAAAAAAAAAAAAAAGAAAAAGAAAAAGAAACAAUUCAACUUGACAUUAAGUCAAAUGCAAAAGUUCGUUCUUCCUUUUCAACUGAAAUCUCAAUUAAAAGCGUAAGUGGGGGACACACGGAUGAAGAUGGCCGUUGUUAUUUUUAAUUAAUUUAUUUUUAACUCGCUUUCAACACAAUAAAUAAACCGCCGUAAAUAAACGAACGAACUUUUUCAUCGGUCCUGUCCAAUGUGCGGUCGUUCACACUGAAUUCAUUCGAUUAGGAAUUAAUUCGCUCGGCGUACUGUUUACAGAGGCAGACAAUAAUUUAUUGAAACGUACUGGCGUCGAUGUCGGAGUGAGAAUUAGUAUUAUAUGCAUUUAGUAUUGGAUACUUCGCUCCGUCGGUGCGAAACUAGCUCGAUCGGAACGUUGAAAGUUGAACGGAAUUGCUGAUGAAGUCGACAAUGAAAUUCCUAUCGCUGAUGUUGACUUCUGAACUAUUAUUAAGAUCGUAUAACUGAAACCGAAGAUUUUCAUAAGAUUUCUACUCCUACGGAUUAUUCUAUUAAUAUAUUAUUAUCGUACGAAACGCGAAUUCGCUGAAAGCAAUAAGUCGCAAUGCAAAUAAUCUUCUCGACAAUUUAAAUAGUGAUAUUAUAUAUUUUAUGCUUUGCCUACUGUAUCGAAGAAUGAAUUGAAGAACAGAGAAGAAGCUGAUGACGAUUACCAUAAACGUUUUGUACACGUACGUUUAAGAGGAACAUUUUUCAUUCAUUAUAUUAGUCUUGCAUUACACAACCGUGAGCAUUUAUGCGAGCUCAUUUUCACCCAGACGCAGAAAAGUAAUUCGCAUUCGCCCGAACGAGUACAUUUCAAAAUGUAACACUUUCGAUACUUUUAACUUUAGUUUAUUUCUUUCUCUCUAUUAGACAUUUUUAUUUAUCCUCGUACUCAUUUCUGGCAUAAAUGUCUACAGCCUAAAUUACCAUCGGCACAAUGAACAGUCUGUACUUCUUAAUUUUUAUCAUUUCUUUUCUCUCUCACAGAGAACAAAUCAACUGCAAGAAGCUCGUAAGCUUCACUUGACCGUUCAAUACAAUUUAUUCCUAUGAUACAUUAAUUUAUUCUUCGUAGAAUACAGCGUCGAGAUCCCGAGUGUACGUUGAAGAGGGAUUCUGUAAAUAGCGCACGUUAUUUGUAAUUACAAUGAACGCAUUCUGCUUGGAAAAUCAAUCGCUUGCUUGUCUAGUCGGAGUAGUUUGUUAUCCGAAGUUCCGAACGAUCUUUCGGGUUUCGUUCUUCUUCUUCCUUUUCCCUUUUUUUUUCUUUUUUUCUUUUUUUUUUUUUUCUUCUUCAAUUGCUCGAAGGAACGAGCGCGUAGGAAACUUAUUAUGUUUGCGAGUCAGCUUGUAAUAAGGGAACGAAACUUUAUGAUUUAUACGACGGUGGUGAAUAGUAAUAUAUUUGAAGAGGACGUGAACGCGUAUACAUAGAUUUACGACAGAGUUGCCUUAAAUUAAAUUAUUGCGAGCUUACGCCACGACGCUCGGCCGCAGAAAUCCGCAAGUUUUGCGGUUAGACUUUAAGCUGGAACGUGUUUUGUACUUUGCUCAGAAUAAAACAAUCGAAACGUGGUAA